UUCAUGAUCAUGGAUCAGCCGGGUUGUCGUGGACUGUCGUUAUAGGUGCCACGCGUCAAUUGACUGUUUCUUACGAUUUUUACACAACAUAACUGUUACAAUAAGCAUAAAAAUGUCGGUAAUCGCUGUAGUUCACAAAUUCUGGCAAGAGUAUACGAAGAACACUGUGAAAAAGCUCAAAAUUAUCGAUGCCUACCUCUUGUACAUCUUCCUCACCGGUGUCAUCCAGUUUGUGUAUUGCUGUCUGGUUGGAACAUUUCCCUUCAACAGUUUUCUCAGUGGAUUUAUUUCUGCUGUCUCUUGCUUCGUCCUGGCAGUUUGCUUGAGACUGCAAGUCAAUCCACAGAAUAAAAAUCAUUUCUAUGGUAUCAGUCCUGAACGUGGAUUUGCUGAUUUCAUCUUUGCACAUAUUAUUCUACAUUUGGUGGUGAUGAAUUUCAUCGGUUAAGAAAGAAUACGAUGUAAUGUUUUCAAGAUGCUCUAUUAAGUCCCAUAAGUCAUUGUCUUUUUCAUAUUGAAAUAAAGUUAUUUGUCUAGAGAAUUCA